CACUGAGAGGGCACACUUGGCAACCUCCAUGCGCCAGCUCUUUCACCCGUCCACGUUCCCGUUUCUCGCACCGUCCGAGCCGCGAAGCGACCGUCGCUACCUCCGCAUUGUGCUGGAUAAGGCGACUGACCUCCCUGUCGGGGAUUCGAUUCUCGCGGGCGGUGCCAGUGAUCCCUACAUCGUCUUUCGUGUUGGCGACCAUCUCCUGCGCAGCACUGUCGUGGUCAAGUCGCUCAAUCCGAGCUGGCGGCGCGAGCAAUUCGAGUUCGUGUUGACGACGGAGGAGAUCAGCACAUUCGAAUACCUCGAGAUCCAAGUGAAAGACCAUGAUAUGGCAAAGCCCGACGACCACCUAGGGACGUUGAAGCUCGAUAUAUCCAAGUGGCAAGGAGCCGCGACUUUGGCUGACAUGGCGAUUCAGCCGUAUCCUGUCGACGUGUGCAAAGACUACGCCAGCCAGCGAGUGCAACCUUGUGUGCAUCUGGCCGUGGCGCUACUGUCCGAAGAAGAAGCCACCAACUUGAUUGUGAUGCAAAUUUGGGAGCACGAGCGGCGCGGAGUUGCAGGGGGGUGGAGCUCGUCUAACCUCAAGGGAAGCGACCCCGCGCCGUGGGUGAACGACUCGAGUCCACAAACGUCCGGCGCCACAUUCGUGGAAGCUGUGUUGGACACUCCAGUCGGAUACAAAGAAUGCGGGCCAUGGGAGUUCAACGUGGCGCUGGGGGACGCGGAAGGGUGGGUGUAUGCAGCGUCGUUCGACCGCCCGUGGGUGAGCGAACGCAUUAUGACGUCCAACGUGCGGCGUCGACUGUGGGCGCGGCAAUUCCGUCGCCAGGAAGCGUCACCCGCUCGAGCCGCGACAGCUGCAGAAGACGUGCAAGUCCCACUGGGAAAGACAGAAGGAGCCCCAUAACUUGUAUCUACAUCCCUGCGCUCUCACCGUCCACCGGCGCUGCGAUCCCAUCGAUGCGUUCGAAUCGCCACAAUGCAUCGCAACACUUUUGCAUGCACCGCUGGCAAG